AUGUUGAAGUGCUUCAGGAAUUGUCUAAGACCUUCUUCCCCAUCCACACUUCUUGUCCAAUUUGUAACUCUCUUCCCCCAGCGGUUAGAAUGGAUAGUUCAUUUGCACUUUGGGGCUGUCAGCUCACUUGUCAUCUCAGGCACUUCCCCAGCCUGUUCUUUCAUGAAUCUUGAUGACUGUGUACCAGAACCUGAAAAGAAGGAGUAUUCCUCUGUCUGUGUCGGCAGAGAAGAGGACAUUAAAAAACGUGGAAGAAUGACUGCUGUCGUCCAUGACAGAGAAGUGGUCAUUUUCAGCCACGAGGGGGGAUAUUAUGCCAUGGACAUUCGCUGUUACCACUCAGGAGGACCUUUACACUUGGGGGAUAUAGAGGAUUUUGAUGGACGAACAUGUAUAGUUUGCCCUUGGCAUAAAUAUAAAAUUACUUUGGCAACAGGAGAAGGACUGUAUCAGUCUAUAAAUCCUAAAGAUCCAUCAGCAAAACCCAAAUGGUGCUCCAAAGGAAUAAAGCAGAGGACUCAUGUAGUGGCAGUGGACAACGGCAAUAUUUAUGUGACUCUUUCUACUGAACCUUUUAAGUGUGACUCUGACUUUUAUGCUACUGGAGAUUUCAAAGUAAUUAAGAGUUCUUCUUGAUAAAAAAUAUAUAGCAAUGAAAAAAUAUUGUGCAUGUUUGGAAAUAUUUU